CCCCGCCGGAGCGCUGCAAGGGCGGCUGGGCUCCUCCUCCUCCUCCUCCUCCUCCUCCUCCUCCUCCUCCUCCUCCUCCUCCUCCUCCUCUCCCCGCCGCCGGAAUGCCGAAGCUUAGCAAGGAGGCCAAGCAGCGCCUGCAGCAGCUUUUCAAGGGCGGCCAGUUCGCCAUCCGCUGGGGUUUCAUCCCCGUCGUGCUCUACCUAGGUUUUAAGAGGGGUGCAGAUCCUGGAAUGCCUGAGCCAACUAUCUGGAGUCUACUUUGGGGAUGAAUGAUGUGGCCGUCCUGUUCUAGAAGCAGCCGAGGAACAGAACAAGUGUCUGAAGAUACAUACAUUCCAGAGGAUGAGGUGGACACUUAGACCAGCUGGCUCAAUCAGCUUGCUAAUGGCAUAGGUUGUACAUACAACAAAAUGGAGUUUAUAUGGACCUAACUUAUUUGCAUUACAGUGUAAUUAAAUAAAUACAAUUUGAAUGGA